UAAGAAUGGAGGAAGAGGGUGAUAUAUACGAAGGUGUUAGGGCUCAAUUUCCUCUUUCGUUCGGAAAGCAAUCGAAGUCGCAAACCUCUCUCGAAGCUAUCCACAACGCUACUCGUCGUUCCAAUUCCAAUUCAAAAGCUACCAAUGUCAAUAAUGAUCUUCCUUCUCUCUCUUCCUCUUCCAAGGAAUGGCUCAAUUCCAUCCGUCCCUCCAAAAACCCUACCCCUCCUUCCUCCGCCGAUCCACCGCCGCAAGUGGUGGAUGAAGAGGACGACGAGGACGAGGACGAGAUGAUUGGCCCGCCCCCGCCACCUCCCGGUUCCAAUUUGUCCGGGUCGGACUCCGAAUACGAAUCGGAUCAUGAAGAGGUGGGUAACCGGUUCCGUAUUCCGCUCAGCAACGAGAUUGUGCUCAAGGGCCACACCAAGGUUGUGUCAGCUGUUGCGGUGGAUCACACUGGAUCUAGGGUACUAUCUGGAAGUUAUGACUAUACUUUGCGGAUGUAUGAUUUUCAAGGAAUGAAUUCUCGUUUGCAAUCGUUUCGACAACUGGAGCCAUUUGAGGGUCAUCAAGUUCGAACUAUAAGUUGGAGUCCAACCGCGGAUCGAUUCUUGUGCGUCACUGGUUCAGCUCAAGCAAAGAUUUAUGAUCGUGAUGGCCUUACUUUGGGAGAGUUUGUGAAGGGAGAUAUGUAUAUUCGUGACCUUAAGAACACGAAGGGUCACAUAUCUGGAUUGACAUGUGGAGAGUGGCAUCCCAAAACUAAAGAGACCAUUUUAACAUCGUCAGAGGAUGGGUCGCUACGAAUUUGGGAUGUCAAUGACUUCAAAACCCAGAAGCAGGUCAUUAAACCAAAGCUUGCGAGACCUGGAAGAGUUCCUGUCACCACUUGUGCAUGGGAUCGUGAUGGUAAAUGCAUUGCUGGUGGUAUAGGAGAUGGUUCUAUACAGAUUUGGAGUAUUAAGCCCGGAUGGGGGAGUAGGCCAGAUGUACAUAUUGAAAAAGGUCACGAGGAAGAUAUUACUGGUCUGAAAUUUUCUAGUGAUGGGAGAAUCUUAUUGUCAAGAAGUUUUGACGGUUCAUUGAAGGUUUGGGAUCUGCGCAAAGCAAAAGAAGCAUUAAAGGUGUUUGAGGAUCUACCAAAUAACUAUGGACAAACAAAUAUUGCCUUCAGUCCCGAUGAGCAACUCUUUUUGACUGGAACAUCUUUAGAAAGGGAGAGCUCAACUGGAGGUUUAUUGUGCUUCUUUGAUAGAGUAAACCUUGAGCUUGUUUCAAAAGUUGGCAUAUCCCCCACUUGUAGUGUUGUUCAGUGUUCUUGGCAUCCUAAACUGAAUCAGAUCUUUGCGACUGUUGGUGAUAAAAGCCAAGGAGGGACUCACAUACUAUACGAUCCAACCCUCAGUGAGAGAGGAGCUCUUGUUUGUGUUGCACGUGCGCCAAGGAAAAAAUCAAUUGAUGACUUUGAGGCGAAACCUGUAAUUCACAAUCCUCACGCUUUACCGCUAUUUAGAGAUCAGCCAAGCCGCAAGCGUCAGCGAGAGAAAAUACUAAAGGAUCCAAUGAAGUCCCAUAAGCCUGAACUUCCCAUGACAGGACCUGGCUUUGGUGGACGAGUUGGUACAACUCAAGGAAGCUUACUGACCCAGUAUCUUCUAAAGCAAGGGGGUAUGAUUAAGGAGACAUGGAUGGAGGAAGAUCCAAGGGAAGCUAUCCUGAAAUAUGCUGAUGUUGCAGCAAAGGAUCCGAAGUUCAUUGCUCCAGCAUAUGCUGAAACCCAACCUGAGCCAGUUUUUGCAAAGUCAGAUUCCGAGGAUGAAGAGAAAUGAUCGGUUUGUGAAGUUAUUUGCUGGUAUCGAAGAUGGUUAAUGCAGAGGGGAUGGCAGCUGGCUGGCAAGAGUGACUCAUCAGAGGUAGGUACUUUAUGGCAACACGUGGGGGAACAUCCCUUGCAUGGGACUACCUACCCUUGCUGCCAAAGUUUCAUUGAUGCACCGGGAACCAUGUUGAAAUUGUUUGCUCUGCGAAGUUUCAGCUAUCUUAUGGGGGAUUAUAAAUAUCUGUACAUUUUGUCAUGUAAAAAUAGAAUUUUGAAAACUAUUCCAAUUCUACAUUUAACACUUAACAAAUGUUAGAAAUAUUGAUUUAUAUCAUAAUUUGUAUUGAGGAUUGUUAG